UAAGAAUGAAACCCUAAAAUAACAUCAUUCUCUCUCACCCUCUCUUACCGCCUCCUUCUCUCUCUCUGAAAAUCUCUCAAGCUCUCAACGUAAAAUGGAAGAUGGUCUAAAUCAAUGGGUUCGACGGCCAUGAACGGUCGUUUCUCGAUUCCGGUGACUCAUGCAGAGGCCACGAACGGCCUCUCCGUUACUCCAUCAUCAGUUCGCUUCCCCCCUCUUCGACUUCUUUGAGAUCGUCGAUCUCCUCUACUAUUCUUUUUUUUCUGUUUUAUAACAGAUCUGUGUUUUAGGUUGCCGGCGGUUGGGGCUUUGCUUUGCAACUAGCUGUGCUUGCGUCAUCGAGGUUCGGGGUUCACAAAUUUUUGGUGAUAUUUCGGUGCAAAUGGAAGAAACUAUGUUGAGUGGCUCAGAGUUUGAUGAGGAGGUGGCCGAUAUAAGGUCCUCCAUUGUGAAUAAGAAGAAUGAGAUGGGUGAGAUGGCUCUGUUCAUUGCUUCCGAGAAAGGUCAUCUUGAGGUGGUGAAAGAGCUCAUGCAAUAUCUUACUAAAGAGGGCAUUUCCAUCAAGAAUCUUUCAGGGUUUGAUCCUUUCCAUAUUGCUGCAAGUCAAGAUCAUAAAGAAAUUAUUCUUGCAUUGUGGGAGUUCACAAGUGGCUAGUUCUGUCUUGGACGUUUGGAUGGGAUUAGGAGCUCGCCAAAGUGAAAAUUUUAUCACAAUUUGAUUCUGAUUUAGUAAUGGUUCUAAUAAUCUUCACAUUUUUUUCCUUCAUUUUGAGAUUUGUUUAUCUCUGAUUGUAUAGCAAUAUUGUAACUUUUCUAGUAUUAAUUUAUAAUGAUGAUGUAUAUGUUAGUAUACUAAUAAUUUAUCUCUAAUUUGAUUAUAGUAUUUGUAUGGUGUUAUAGAAGAAUUUGUCUAUAUCUAUUUUGAUUAACAUGUAAAUUAAUUUUAGUUUUUAUUUUAAUAAAAUACAUUUUUGUCUA